AUGGAUUUUGAAAGAAUGAUCUUAAUUGUAGUUUUGUGUUUGGGUUUGACAAGUAUCUAUCAGGUGAAUGGAACCCGAAUUAUAUCCAAAGAAGAAGAACUGGAGUUAGAAAGAGAACUAAAGCUCAUAAACAAACCUCCUGUUAAAAGCAUUCAGACAGAAUUUGGACAUAUUGUUGAUUGCAUUGAUAUCAAUAAACAAUUGGCUUUUGACCAUCCUCUGUUGAAAGAUCACAAGAUCCAGGAAAGACCUCAUUUUUCAAAAAGAACAACAAAGAAUGUAGGUCUCUCGCGAAAUAGACCUUCAAUGAUUGGUUUACUACAAGAUGCUUGUCCGUCAGGAACAGUUCCUAUUCGCAGGACAACAAAAGCAGACCUCAUAGCAAUUAGAUCAAUGUCAAAUAACAUUUAUCCUCAAACAACAAAAGUUGCCAAUAUUCAUCGUGCAGUUAUCGAAAUGCGAACCGCUAAAUAUCAAAGUUAUCUUGGCGUUACAGGAAACAUCAAUGUCUAUAAUCCUGAUGUUAAGGAGGGAAGCAGCUAUGCCGUAAUGUAUGUCAUGAACGGUGCAAACGAGAACUUGAAUUCUAUCACAACAGGAUGGAUGGUUUCUCCAGGCAUAUAUGGUACUGGGGAUACUUAUUUCUUUACAUAUUGGACGACUGAUGGUGCUAAUAAGACAGGCUGCUUCAACAUUGCCUGCCCAGGUUUUGUGCAAGUUGACAAAAGAGUUUAUCUUGGAUCACAUUUUGUUAAUGUAUCCAUUCCUAAUGGUCCUCAAUUUGAGACUGGAUUAUCUAUUUCAAAGGCGGAAGAUGGAAAUUGGUGGGUAACAAAAGAUCAAAUUAAUAUUGGAUAUUUUCCAGCAAAUAUAUUUAAUAAUUUUGUUGAACCUGAAACUGUUGGUUGGGGAGGGUUCGCUGUUAAUCCCCCAAAUGGAAUUAGCCCACCCAUGGGAUCCGGAAUAUUUCCAGAUGACAAUUAUGGACAUACAAGUCAAUUUAGAGCGAUCCAGUAUAGAAAUAGUUCCGGAGUGCUAAAUGGACCUCGUAAAUAUACUUACGAUACAAUCAUUGACAGCCCUAACUGCUAUCUCAUAGAUUUCCAUGGAUAUAUAGGUACGUUCGAGGGAUACACCUUCGGGUUUGGUGGACCUGGUGGGGAUUGUGGCAAUUAA